AUGUUGUACAGUUACUAUGUCACCACAUCUCGGCAGCCCUGUUCUUUGGGAGCCAACUCCCCGGGCCAGAGAAGUGUUCUGUUUGUCCUCCCAAAGAUACUAUGGCUGGCUCAUCUAGAGCCGCCCAAAGUAAAGUCUUGUUCCUCCCAAACCCGUAUGCCUCAGAGCCGGUUAUCCCAGCCACCUCGCAGCGCUGCCACUGAGUACUGCUGUGAGUGCUGCCACUGUGCGCUAAUAACCACUCCGUCAGACUUGCCCUCAAUGAAAAGUGACAGCAUCUCGCCUCUUCCUCUCUCUUUCUAUUCCCGGGGGUCGGCGGCAGAGCCAUCUCGAAAUGGGUUGGCGCCAGGCUGGCUCAUUGGCUGUGUGGGUGGUCAUGCCGGGAUUUCGGUCCGAAUACCGUGUAAGAUCAAGUAUUACCCGCCAACCAAGCCACGCCAAUUCGCAGGGCAGCGUCCAGCCCCCAUUUCCAUAUGGCGUGACCCCGGAUUUCUGUCUGCACCCCAGAUGGACGCCUCCACCGUUCAGUGUAGCUUUGCACGCUCGAUGCUGUUGCGACUGUACGCCGGCUUUCCCAGCCAAACGGGCGGCGGGGUACUCAACCCCAGGGUCGUUUGCAGGAGGAUCAUGGCGAUGGCCCACCGUCAGGAACGUGGAGCUGGAGACUGCCGCGGGUCGCACUGUUGA